GGUCACGGGGUGGGGAGGGGAGGGGGUCUCACAGUGGGGGGCUGGUUACUCUCGGCAGGUGAGCCCGGCUCCCAGCCCCAACCCCCGGCCUGCCCUGCCCUGACCCCCUCCCAACCCCUCCCCCAGCCCCCUGCCCUGCCUUCCCUGCCCCCCUCCUGAGCCCCUCCCCCGCCUGCCCCAGGCCCUAGUCCCAGACCUCUCCCCUCCCCCAGCCCUCCUGUCCCCCAUUUCCCAUCUGGCUGGGGCAAGGGCAGCGUCUGGUGGUGGGAUUUGGGGAGCCCAUGAGGGGCAGGGUGGGGGCGAGCGACCCCCCCCGAGAGGGAUGGGGGCAGCUGGAGAGAGAUGAGGCCGGCCCCGGCCAAGGCCAUGACUAGUUUGGAGAGUGAGGGGGCAGCGGGGGACAACGCCCAGCCAGGCUCCCCCAGCCCAGCUUCCUUGGGGGGCUCGGCCCCCACGACUGACCCCCUGAUGCCCCCAGACGAGGCCGUUGAAGGGAGGGACCCCAGGGGCAUCCUGGCAGGACAGGACCAGACCAGCAACGACCCCCCAGCCUCGGACAGAUCCGACCCCCCCACACCGACAGAGGCCGACCCACUGGACCCCUUCAACCGGGAGCGUCUCUUCGACCUGCUCUUCCGCUCCCAGAGCCGGCGGCUGAACGAGCAGCGCUGCCCCCUGCCCAGCCUGCGGGGGGCGCCCCGCCACGACCCCGCCCGGCCCUGGCGCUCGCUGCCCGGGACCCCCACCGAGGGCCUGCUGGGGGGAGCAGGGAAGUUCUGCUCGCUCACCUCGCUGCAGGCUGAGCAGUUCUUCGAGCUGGUGGCCACGGCCCAGGCCCGGCGGCUGGACGACCAGCGGGCUGACUUUGUGGGGGACCCCGGGGCUGAAGAGGGGGUCGAAGAGGGGGCCAAGGGGCCCCCGGAGGCCCCUGACCAGGAGGAGGAGCUGUACAGCACCAUCCUCACCCAUCAGAGCCAGCGGCUGGAGGAGCAGCGCAGUGACCCCCCCAUCCCAUUGGGGGCCCAGGAGCUCUUCGACCUGCUGCUGCGGGUGCAGGGGGGACGCAUGGAGGAGCAGCGCUCGGAGCUCCCCCCUGCCCUGCUGUCCCACCCCUGCUGAGACCCCCCCCCCGAUGGGCAGGGGAAGGGGAGGCCGAGACCAGGCCCAGCUCGCUGCAGGAAUGGGGCAGACAGCAGCUGAAAGGGGGGGGCUCAUUCCCUCCCCAGACCCCACUGAUGGCUGAGAACCGACACAACUCGCUGCAGAAAUGGGGGUCCCCAGGCCCCCUGCUUACACCUGGGGGAUGGAAAUGGGGACCCCCCACAGGAAGCCCCAACUGACGCCGCUGACUGAGACAGGCCCCAACUCGCUGCAGGAACUGGGGGGGCCCGGGAGAGCUCAGCUGAGGCCUGGGGGCUCGGUGCACGGACAGGGGACCCCAGCCACGUCCCCCCAACCACAGCAACGACCAGGGGCUGAGACCAGGCCGAACUCCCUGAGGAAGGGGGAACCCCCACCACCCCUGAGACCAGACACGACUCCUGACGCCCCCAGUGGGGCCGGAGCAGGGCAAAGAGCAAAGGCGGGGGCUUCUGCCGCCCCCCACAGAGCCGCCCUGGGCGGGGGAUGGGCCCAGAGACUCCGAGUAUUCGAAGCUAAUUCCUGAAGUUUGUGAAAAAGUAAAAACCACUGGGGCAAAGGGGGGUGACGGCCUCUGCUUGGGGGGCGGGAGCCAGGACUCCUGGGUUCACUGCGGGGUCUGGACUGGGCAGCGUCUCCCUGUGCCUCAGUUUCCCCCUCUGUGCCCCCAGACAUUUUAUCCCAGCCAGAGACAAAGGCAUCAACUCUCUUUAUUCUCCAGCUGUGUGGGGGGGGGGGCACGGGGGUAUAAAUAUGUGGGGGAGGGGGCAGGGCAGGGGAGGAAGAGGGGUUGGGGCUGGGGGGUCACCCCCACCUGUCCCUUUGUGAUGUGGGGGGGUUGCAAAGCCCCGCCUCUUACUGUUCCAUGACAUCAGCGCAAGGCCCCACAUGUGACAGCAUCAGCGCCUGGGUGUGUGACAUCACUUCCUGCCUGUCGUGCUGUCCCAUCAGGCGCAUCUGUCAAUGACAUCAGCACCCCCGAGCUGCCAGUGUUCUGCGUGACAUCAUUUCCUGUUCAUCAAGUUGCACAUUAUGACA